GGCUUCAAGCUUCAUCCAUGCGCUCCCCCUCGCCCUCGGGCGCGCAAUGUCGCGUCGGGCGUGCAUCUCGGGCGACCACCCGGCCUCUUCCUCGCUCUGUUGCCGUACAAGCCACUCGCGUCGCUCGACCUGUUCACGUCCUCAAUGAACAACGUCUCACAGCUCAAUGGGGAGAAAGACUCCCAGGACCCCGGCCUUCGAAGUUGUCACCCUCCGAAGGCAGCAGCGAGAGUGCGGAGACCCCGCAAGGUGACCUCGACGUCGCUCUCGAGCUUGUCUAUGCUCUACUGCUCCUCAAUCUUGUUGCGCGUUCAGAGAGCUCCACCGCGCGCCGCGCACUUGACCAACGCGGUGUGGGCGAUGUCCUACAGGUAAGUCAGCAAAAGCGGACUAACGUAUUAAUCACAGGGAUCGCUUGCCCAGAUCCAGAGGGAUUCAUGAGUACUCACGGGAACCCAAAGUCUGCGCAUGCAAGGUAGCAGGAACUCGCCCAGGCAUACGUUGCCGCCUAUAUGGGUCGUCAGACAUGAAGGCGAAACAUGUCAGGAGCAGAAACGCACCGCCUAGGUCAAUCAGUAGCUG